GAUCUGGGAUGAUAGACGGGUGUAGCGACCAGUGGCGAGGCGCUGGCCGUACUUCCCGUCGGGGAGAGAGUGUAAUAUGGCGAAGACCUACGAUUACCUGUUCAAGCUGCUGCUGAUCGGGGACUCGGGGGUGGGGAAGACCUGUGUCCUGUUCCGCUUCUCCGAGGACGCCUUCAACUCCACGUUCAUCUCCACCAUAGGAAUUGAUUUUAAAAUUAGGACCAUAGAGCUUGAUGGCAAGAGGAUUAAACUGCAGAUAUGGGACACAGCUGGCCAGGAGCGGUUUCGGACGAUCACAACAGCCUACUACAGGGGUGCCAUGGGUAUCAUGCUGGUCUACGACAUCACCAAUGAGAAGUCCUUCGACAACAUCCGGAAUUGGAUUCGGAACAUUGAAGAGCAUGCCUCUGCAGAUGUGGAGAAGAUGAUCCUGGGGAAUAAGUGUGACGUGAAUGACAAGAGACAGGUGUCCAAGGAGCGGGGAGAAAAGCUGGCACUCGACUAUGGGAUCAAGUUCAUGGAGACCAGUGCAAAGGCCAACAUCAAUGUGGAGAAUGCAUUUUUCACUCUCGCCAGGGAUAUCAAAGCAAAAAUGGACAAAAAAUUGGAAGGGAACAGCCCGCAGGGAAGCAACCACGGGGUCAAGAUCACAGUGGAGCAGCAGAAGAGGACCAGCUUCUUCCGGUGCAGCCUCCUGUGAGGACAAGGUCGCUGCCGCCGCCGCCCAUUCUGAGCCUGGCUCAGCCCCGCUGACUGUGCCUGUCCCGGGCGAGCCCCCACCUCCCUCCGCUGCUCGGAUAUGGCCGCCCGGACACAAUUGAGAAAAUGAUUAUUUUAGUAACCGUCUGAUCUUUUCCACCUUCAGAGAUGGAACGAGUUAGAAUUUUGCUGUUUUUCCUGUGUCGUCCGCCAGUCAGGCCUAUCCAUCCCUUGUGUAUUGCCACAGAUGGAGAGAGGUUGGGUGGGGGCGUGGCAGCCACCAUCUCCAGCCUCUGUCCCUGUCCCUCCACCACAGAAGUGAGGCCAGCGGUGGUGCCUAGCCUGCCUGGCCCUGUACCCUGAGCACCGCCACAAGGGCCACUGUAGGCCAAGCCUGACACCUGCCUUCACCUGUUCUCAGUUUUGGACAAGUGACAAAGAACCAUGUCCCUGUCUUCUUACGUGUCAAACCAAAGGGAAGCACAAACUAAGGAAAAUCCAUGCAGAGGAUUUUGGAAGAAGUGGACGGCUCUCGUGGCCACAGCAGGAUGGGAGUCUGUGGUCCAGCACUGAGGGGACACUGUACCCACAGCAGGUGACCCCAGCAUCACCACCACUCACCCACAACCACUGUCACUGGGCCACCUGCCUCAAUGGCACCAAAACCGCCUCCCUGCUCUUCUCAUCCUCUGGCUGGCUCCAAUGGGACGUUCCUUUUCUAGCUGAGAUGAUUUUUUAUUUUUCCAGAUUCCUAACACCAUGAAAUGAUUCCGCCUUUGAUUUUCUAGCAGCAUACCCAGGCGAUCAGGAACCAGCGUGACUGCCCUGGCCCCACAGGGCACCUGGUCCCUGAGACCCAGACAGGCAUUCCAUGGCACAGUGCCACCCUGCAGUCUGGUGGGUUGUCGCUGUCUUUACCCAGUUGUGUUUUGACAGCUCUGUCCUCCCAGAGAGACUGGUUGGGACCAGAUGUCCUGGCGGGAGGGGUGUUGCCUGGGAGCCCCUUCCUUUCACUCUAACCCUGCCCCAAGCGCUGUCAGUCCAAGCUGUCAGCACCAGAAUCUCCCUUUUUUUGGAAUUAAAACCAGCGUACCAGCA